GUUAGACAGAUGAGUUUCAGUCACAGGUAGAGCUGAGAUCAGUCUGAAGGUUUUAUUAAAACUGGUCUAGAAGAAGGGGGCUCAUCUACAGGACAGAAGAAGAGCGAUGGGCCAAGCUAGCAGCUCCACCUCUCCUCAGGUGAUCCUGAUGGGUCUGGACUCAGCUGGAAAGUCGACUCUGCUGGCGAGACUGCUGACAGGACAGGUGAUGGAAACGUCACCGACCAUCGGAUUCAACGUAGGAACUUUGGACCUGGACAAGAAGACGUCUCUGACAGUUUGGGACGUCGGUGGACAAAAGAGCAUGAGACCCAACUGGAGGUAUUACCUGGACGACUGUAAAGCGGUGGUUUUUGUGGUGGACAGCAGUGACUCAACCAGGAUGCCAGAGGCCCAGAAGGCCCUGAAGAAGGUCCUGGGUGAUGAGAAGUUACGAGGAAUUCCUCUGAUGGUUCUGGCCAACAAGAAGGACAUGCCAAACUCCAUGACUAUACGAGAGAUCUCCAACCAGCUGGAUCUGCCCAGUUACACCGACCGGCUGUGGGAGAUUCAAGCUUGCAGCGCUCUGAAGGGACUUGGCCUUCAACAGGCCUUCAUGUCUGUCAACAAACUCAUCAAGAAGAGCUGAGAGGACGAGGAAGAGGACGAGGAAGGGGGGAAAACUAAAAGUUUCAACCUUCAUUAUUUAUACUGAAUGAAACUCUUAAGAUGUAAUAAUACUUAACGAUGAUUCAUUGUGCUGCUUUAAGAAGGUUUAAAGAAUAAUUUCUGGGAUUUUGCCGACAAGUAAAAGCACAAGUACUCAAUAAAUAUCAGGUUUUGAUGAAUUCGUUUGUAGGUGCACAGAUUAAAAGUUAAAUUAGAGAAUGAAAACAUGAAUCUGAUGAAUUUAUGAAGUCAUUUAAAGUGUUUUAUUUAUUGCAUCAUAUUGUUUUUACUUCUCAUCAAUGAAAAAUGAUUAAAAUCACUUUCUGCUGCUGGACUGAAACAAACAGGAAGACGACGUGUCCUCUGGAAGAAAGAAACUGUCCCUGUUCAGGUGAACUCAGGUGCUUCCACUCAGACUCUCCUGGUUCAAAGGUUGUGAGAACCACCCAGAUUUGAUGACGGCUACAUUUCUAUUAAUGUCCAAUCAGUGCAUCAUAUGUCCGUCAUGUGACUUCACGUCUAUCUGGAUCUCAGUUUCUGGGGAGUCCUGAUCCUCCACAGACCUCUCCAUCAGCUUGGAUCAGUUAUGUUGAUUGGUGGCCAACUGAUUGGUUAACAUUAUUAACGAACAUCGUUGUCUCUACAUCUUCUUCCUCGUCACGUCGUCGUCUGGUCUGACCGCGUGCAUUCUCCUGAGAGAGAACCAGGACUGGGCCAACAGCAGAGCUGGGACCAGGACCCAGACCCCAUUAAAGAAGACAAGGUAGACCCACAGGUAGAGCCAGCUGGACGUGUUCAGGUUGGGACUGCCAACCAGCCAAUCAGGACAGAAGGUCAUCCAGCCACCGCAGAGCUCGCACACGCUCAGAGCGAUCUGCAGGAAGUGCCUGUGAAGAUGCAAAACCUACGUUCAGAACUGCACGUACCUGUUGUAGUAUUACUCACACUGUCCGUCAGUACUGCUAGUAUGAGCAGCAGAAUGAGUAGAGUCCAGUCUGUAGUACUUUUUGUUGUACCUGUAGUACUUGUCCUUCAGUACUGCAUGUAUGAGCAGCAGGGCGAGGACAGAGUCGAGCACGACUGUCAGAAUUUCUAUCGAGACGAUCGUCGGAUCAGAAAUCAACCAGCGACCGUCAGCUUUACCGUACUCCUUCCCUACAGACAGGUCAGGACAGACUCAGUUAAACUCCCGUACCUCAGACAAAUACCUGCCUUUAUAAAGUUAUUUAAAUCAAAGUGCAUAAGUUCUGGCUGAAAGUGAAAUGUAUGACGUAUUAAAAACGCACCUGCCAAGAAUAAAGUAAAGUAAAUCAGAAAGUAUGAUGUGUUUCUCUCUUAUGUAGCCGAGGACAAGAAUAAAGUACCUGAAGAAUCCUGCAGAAAAAAGUUAAACUUACAGAGUUCAGCCAGCGGCCCGUCAGACGUCUCCACUGUC